AUGAUUGGUGUCGUUUUAGAAGCCCGCGAAAAUUAUAAUGUGCUUUUUAAGCAUCCUCAGGAUCUUAUUGCUCGACUGUCAGACGAACUGUUAGAACAGAUUUUAGUUGAUAUUCACGAUAAGUUCCGUCUGCCUUAUCGUGUCGGUCUUCUGACCCUUCCCGAAUCUGUUCUGAUACGCAUAUUGAGUCCGCUGGCAGUGGUGGAUCUGGUCCGCGUGUCGUCGACCUGUCGCAAGCUCAAUGCCUUCAUUAGGCAGUGCGAAGCGAUUUGGCGACGCCAAUUAACCGACGCGUCCGUGGUCUUCGGGCCCGCGGCUACUGACGUGUGCCACGAGGGCUCCACUGAGGCAGAUACCGAGGCUCCGUCACUUCAGACAUUGAAAAUUUUGUAUCGCCGAAAAAAAUCCAAGGCUGGACUUCCCCGUCUUCGGCCAAUCAGUAUAUUUGAAUUGCUGGACGUGCGAUAUCCCCUGGAUCUGCAGGACCUGUUUGCGUAG